UGCAGGCGACGCCUUGGAACCGAGGGCGGCGACCGCAGCCACAGGUGCAGCGUCCCUAGCUCCAGGCAUUAACCCCCCACGCCCUACCCCCACGGCGCUAGAAACUGAGGCUUCCAAGCUGCCCCCAACCCUGGACAUCGAGGCCUCCGGGCCGGGGGGUGGAGCCCUGGGGUCGUCUGACGCGCAGGGCCAAGAGCCCCCCGGGCCAGACAGCGAAGAUUCGGAGCCUGCGGCUGAGCGGGACCCUGAGGACCCCAGGCCGGGCGGCGAGGCCCCCGUGCCCUCCGCACAGCAGGGCGUGGAGACCUCGGAGCAAAAGAGCGAAGGCCGCUGGGUAGCGGCGGAGCCGGACGCAGAACACCCGGGGCCGCCUGCACCUGUGGGUUUGGGGAGUGCCGGGCCAGACAGCGAAGACCCCGGGCUGUCCGAGGAGCGAAGGGCAGAGGCGCCGAGGCAGUGUCCACCUCCGCGCCCCGAGACCUCCGCCUCUGGGUCGGGCCUGGAAGCCCCGCACCGGUCUCCCGAGGAGGAGCAGCCGCUCAUGGAGACGCCCAUUGAACGCGAAAUCCGCCGCAGUUGCGAACGCGAGGAGAGCUUGCGCCGCAGCCGGGGUCUGAGCCCGGGCCGCGCCGGCCAGGAACUCGUGGAGCUGCGCGUGCGGCCGGUGCUCAGCGUGCCCGGCCCGGGCCCCACGCUCCCGCGCGCCCUGGAGCGCGCGCGGGCGGGCGCGCAGAUGCAGCGAGACAUCGAGCGCGAAGCUCACCGGCAGGCGGCGCUGGCGCGCCCCGCAACCCCGGAGCCGCCGCGCGCCCCGCAGCCGCCGCCGCCGCCGCCGCCGCCGCUGGGCGAGCUCAGGCGCUUCUUCGAGGAGGCGGCGGCGGCGACGGCGGAGGGCGGCGCGGGCCCGCAGCCCGGAGGCCGGCCGCGAUCGGCCGCGCAAGCCCGGGGCCCCGUGCUGGCCCGCGCCCCGCCGCCUGUCGCGCCGUCGCUGCUGCAGCGGGAGUUGUGCGAGGUCCGCGCUCGCGAACUGGAGCUCCAGCGCCAGCGGCGCAGCAUCUAUGGCACCGCCGAAGAGGAGGAGCCGGCGCCGAGCCUCACCGCGAGCAGGGGCGACGGAAAACUGGCGGUGAUCUGGCCUCCCCGCAGAAAGGCCUCGGAAAACGGCUUGGAGCAGGAGGAGCGCAAACCGUGAGGGUUUUACGCGGGCUGGGUCCCCUGGCCGGAAGUCUCGCAGGCGUCGGAGGACCUGGCUGGGGACGGUCCAGCCGUGCCCGGCAGAUCUGCAAGAGUGGUCAGCCGUGUGUGCUGGGGAAGGUGACACUCUGGCCACCUGGCCGCCCGCACCAAGCCCCACCACGCCGGGAUGGAGACCGUGCAGCCCUCGGGCCCCCUGAGCGCGCAGACCCCCCUGACUUCUCUGCCUGCCUCUGCCCUUCGAUCCAUCCUCCGCUCAAUAAAGCCCCCUCGCUUU